AUGGGGCUUUUGAGCACGGUUUUCGUUAAGUCCUGUGUAGAGUUCUGGGGGAGGAAAUGGAAUAUACAAGACAUAUCCAUAGUGGUUGUGUUUUUGGCUUUGCAUUGCCUUUGUUUAUUUGCACCCUUUCAUUUCAACUGGGGUGCAUUUUGGGUGGCUAUGGCUCUCUAUCUUCUGACUGGUUUAGGAGUGACUCUCUCUUACCAUAGAAAUCUUGCCCACAGGAGUUUCACCCUUCCAAAAUGGCUCGAGUACUCCUUUGCCUACUGUGGUGUUUUGUCACUUCAGGGUAGUCCGAUUGAAUGGGUGAGUACGCACCGGUACCACCAUCAGUUUACUGAUACAGGGAAAGACCCUCACAGCCCUAUCAAGGGUUUUUGGCAUAGUCACAUGGGUUGGAUCUUUGAUAGCAGUUAUCGGUUCGGACAAUAUGGAGGCCUAAAGAAUGUUGAAGAUUUGAAGAAGCAACUCUUCUAUAGGUUUCUUCGUCAUACUAACCUUCUACAUUCAGUUCUUCUUGGAGGUUUACUAUAUGCUGCGGGUGGAUUUUCCUUCUUGGUUUGGGGAAUGGGGGUGAGGACCGUACUUGGUUUCCACAACACUUUUCUGGUUAAUUCAGUUGGCCACAUGUGGGGAAAGAAACCAUGGAACACCGGUGAUAUGUCAAGGAAUAAUUGGUGGGUGGCACUGUUAGUUCUUGGAGAAGGGUGGCAUAAUAACCACCACGCUUUUGAAUACUCAGCUCGACAAGGGCUAGAAUGGUGGCAGUUUGAUUUUACUUGGUACAUAAUAAAACUUCUUCAAGCUAUUGGAUUAGCAACAGAUGUGAAGGUCCCAACUGAAAUUCAAAAGCAACGAAAAGCUUCAAAGAGCCCCCCCGCCCAUAGAAUACGAGAGUUGGGUGAUGGCAUAGGAGUGCUUCUAUAG